AUGGAGGUAGGAGACCAGGAGAGGGGAACACAGAGGCACGGGGACGAACACACACGGAGUAACAAACACAGAGGCACGGGGACGAACACACACGGAGUAACAAACACAGAGGCACGGGGACGAACACACACGGAGUAACAAACACAGAGGCACGGGGACGAACACACACGGAGUAACAACACAGAGGCACGGACGAACACACACGGAGUAACAAACACAGAGGCACGGGGACGAACACACACGGAGUAACAAACACAGAGGCACGGGGACGAACACACACGGAGUAACAAACACAGAGGCACGGGGACGAACACACACGGAGUAACAAACACAGAGGCACGGGGACGAACACACACGGAGUAACAAACACAGAGGCACGGGGACGAACACACACGGAGUAACAAACAAGAGGCACGGGUAACGACACACACCGGAGUAACAAACACAGGGCCGGGGACGAACCCACGCAAAGCACGGAACAAGAGUAACAAACAAAGAGGCACGGGACGAACACACACGGGUGAUACAAACACAGAGGCAAACUGGGGACGAGUAACAAACACGAGUCAAACACGAGGCACGGGGAACAACGACACACAGAGACGGGGACAAACACACGGUAACAAACCAUAGAGAAACCGAGAUGCACAGUGGGGAGCACACAUACACUAUGUACACACAGAGGAACAUGUUCCUGGAGCCUUACUUCAGGAUGGUGUUGAGUUCAUGUUUUUCCUCUUGUUUUUAUCAGACCAACCAGAUGCCAAGAAGAUGUCUUCCCAGGGGGACAGAGACUCAGCCACUGCUUUGUGUACGUAUACCUAACAGACACUGACCAUUAUUGUAUCUCUUGUGUCUGCCUCACCUCUCACAUUCAUCAGUUGCUUUCUAUUGGUUGGUAAUCCAUUACUUUUCCCUGUAGCUAUCGGAGCUCAACUGGCCGCCCUGUCUCAGCAAAGGUAUGAACAGAAGGCAAUUUUUUAAAUAUUUUGGGGCAAUCUUGUAUAUUUUACUGUGUUCAAUUCCCAGGUGUUUUUGGGAUUGUUAUGAAGAAUAAGAAUUCACUCCUCUAUCUCCUUCCAUCCAUUCUUUCUCCCUAUUUUCUCUGCAGUGUCAGACCCUCCACUAUGACGGAAGAGUACAGAGUGCCAGAUGGCAUGGUCGGACUCAGUGAGUACACACAGUAUCUCUUGAACACACACAGAGAGAAGCUGUUGCGCACACACACACACUGAUAAAAUGACCUCGCGGCUUGUUUCUCCACAGUCAUUGGUCGAGGGGGCGAGCAGAUCAACAAGAUCCAGCAGGACUCUGGCUGCAAGGUCCAGAUCGCUCCAGGUGAGCAACUAGGUGCUCAACCUCUCUUUAUAUACUACCUCUACUAUCACAGCAUUUAGCCCAGAAUGUAUCCUAUUCCCUAUGUAGUGCACUACCUUUGACCAGAGCUAUGGCCAUUAUUAGUAUUAUUACUGAUAAAAUACAAUUGUACUGCGUUUGGUUUAGCGCUUGCAACAAAGGCAUUUCUCUGUACUUGUGCACGUGACAUUCAAACUUGAAACGAUACUGCGCUGGUUUUGAACAGGGCCUUGGAUCAAAUAUAGUGCACUACUUUGGACCAGAGCAAUUACCUUUUUAGUGCACUACUCUUGACCAGCGUCAAUAGGGCUCUGUUAGUGCACUUUGUAAGUAAUAGGGUACCAUUUCAGAUGCAUACGUAGUCUGCCAGUGAGACAGGUGGUUGUGUUGACGUUGAUGUUUACUUGUUCUUGUUUGUUUUUCAGACAGUGGUGGAAUGCCAGAGAGGAGUGUCUCCCUCACAGGAAACCCUGAUGCCAUCGCGUAAGACAUUACACUAAGCCUUCGUCCCCGUAGGGCUCUGGUCAAAAGUAGUGCCCUACAUAGGGAAUAGGGUGCCAUUUGGAAGUAUCCCUUGUACCUGUUUGGUACGAUUAGGGUCAGUAGUUUUCCUGGUUGUUUGAUCUCAAUUGGAAAAACUCUGGAAACUAGCAUAGGGCUAUGUUAAGAAGUAUAUCUGAUGUUAAGAAGUAUAUCUGAUCAUUACACAACUCCUUUUGACUUCUCUCCCCCCCCCUUCUCUUAUUUUCCUGUCAUUUCCUACAUUUUCCUCCCUCUCUCCCUCUUCAGGAAAGCCAAGAUGUUUCUGGAUGAGAUUGUAUCUCGGGGGCGGGGCGCGCCUCCUUCCUCCUUCCACGAGUCGACCAAUGGGCAGAGUGGCUCCAUGCAGGAGAUGAUGAUCCCUGCUGGCAAGGCCGGCCUAAUCAUCGGCAAGGGAGGAGAGACCAUCAAACAACUACAGGUUAGACCAUAAGGGAGGAGAGGCCAUCAAACAACUACAGGUUAGACCACAAGGGAGGAGAGGCCAUCAAACAACUACAGGUUAGACCACAAGGGAGGAGAGACCAUCAAACAACUACAGGUUAGACCAUAAGGGAGGAGAGACCAUCAAACAACUACAGGUACACAUGGGGGAGUUGUAUAGCUGAAGAAUCCUGUCCAGGGGGUGUACUGGUACAUCAAUCUGCCUCACCCUACAGAAACAGGAGAAAUGGGGGCUCCUGCCGUUAUGGUUUCGGACAAGGCUUACUUGUAUAGCUAAAGAGGAGGGAGACGGACAGGAAGCGGGGGAGACAGACACAGGAAGAGGGGGAGACAUCAGUUGCAACUAGUAAUGAGGGAAACUAUCAUAUCUAUACAGGAGAGAGAUUCAUAACACAGCUACUAAUAUCAUGGGAGGGAAGUACUAGGAAUCCAACACUAUACAUAGGGAGGCUUGUCUGUCUGUUAAACUACAGAUGUAUAAUAUCUCUUCCCCUGUAGGAGCGUGCUGGGGUAAAGAUGAUCCUCAUCCAAGAUGGCUCACAGCCACCCAACAUGGACAAACCCCUACGUAUCAUCGGUGACCCCUACAAAGUGCAGGUACACACCCCUACUUCACAUGAUGCAUACACCACACACCCCUACUAGGCACGAUACCGCUCACCCCUACUGGGCACGAUACCGCUCACCCCUACUGGGCACGAUACCGCUCACCCCUACUGGGCACGAUACCGCUCACCCCUACUGGGCACGAUACCGCUCACCCCUACUGGGCACGAUACCGCUCACCCCUACUGGGCACGAUACCGCUCACCCCUACUGGGCACGAUACCGCAUACACCACAACACACCAGCCCCCUGUCCCUCUCACCAGGAUGGGGCUGUUUUUGUCUCCAAUAUUAUGCCAGGUAAUACUGUCUGACUUGAUCAAUAUGGCUCUUGCUUUCCCUGUCUGGCUUUCUGUCUCUCUCUUCUUUCUGUCUCUCUCUCUCUCUGCAGCAAGCGAAGGAGCUGGUGAAUGAGAUUCUGAGAGAGAGGGAUCACGCUGGCUUUGGAGACCGAAACAAUUUUGGCAACCAAAUGGGAGGAGGAGGAGGAGGUGGUGGUGGAGGCAUGGAUGUGAGUAGCUCGUUUUGGGUUUGAGACGGAUUCAACUUGAUUCGAGUUAGAAAUCUGAAUGGAUUGUACAGAGCUAUGGAGGUCAAACUCACCCAGGUGCUUCACUCCAGAGAGUUGUUCACGCCACUUGUUCCCUUCCCUUACACAAUGGCACAGGGAAGGGAGCAACUUCCUGGAUUGAAAAGCAUCCCUGAGCGGUUGAACCCGUUUGAAUUAGAUUGAGAAUAACGGUUAAUAGAACCUCUGACAGCGGCAUCAUUGACUUGAUUUGGAUUCUAUGGUUAAACGUUGUAGAAUUCCAGCCGGUAGAAUGCCUUUGUAGCGUUGCAGCCCCAUUAGUAACACGCCUCAACUACAACUCUGUAAAGGUCUUUGCCACAUCAGUAUCGCGUUUCAGUUUGGCCAGAUGCCGUUUCCUAAUGAUGGUCUUUUCAUUGGCCAGGUGCCCGUGCCCCGCCACUCUGUGGGUGUUGUGAUUGGUCGAAGUGGAGAGAUGAUCAAGAAGAUCCAGGCCGACGCUGGAGUCAGGAUACAGUUCAAACCAGGUGAGGAUCACACACACUUGUUGCUACAGAAAACUACAAUCUGUUCUUGUUCAAGUUCAGUUAGCACCUGUGUCUCCCCCUUUGACCCUGCUUCAGUUGUUCUAGUCAGUAUGGUAACUCUCUCCCUCUUUUUGUCCCCCUCUCUCUCUCUCCUUCCCUCCACCGUCUCUGUCAGAUGAAGGUACAGGAGUAUAAGAUUAAACAUUCUGACUCAAACCCACACGCAUCUACAGCAGAUUAAAAUAGUUUUUAUCAUAGGAAAAGUUUUUUCUUUUAUCAUGUACUGUUUUUACACAUCAUAGGUCCAGGAAAAAGUAACUGAACUCAAAGAGCUCCUGGCAUUUGAUAGCACCACAACAUUUUAAAUGAAUCACUUGACUGUGGAGCGAACCUGGGGCAUGUUCAGUAGGGCACACCGUAACAGAACUGUUUGCAAUGGAAAACUUCAAUCAGUUGUUAUUGGACAAGGCCAGGUAGCGCCUUCCCGUUUUGACCCUGCUUCAGUUGAGUGUUAUGAUCAGUAUGGUAACUCUCCUUUUUUUUGUCGUCCCCCCCCACCCCCUCUCUCUCUCCCUGUCAGAUGAAGGUACAGGACUGUAUAUGAAACUCAAACACUUCACACACACCUAUACACAGCAGAUUUAAAUGUUUUAAUCAGGUCAAAAAGGAAAUGUUAGUACACCUUAUCUUAGAGGUGCCAAUCUGUUAUUGGACAAGUUCAGAUAGCACCUUCCUGUCUGGACCCUGCUUCAGCUGAGUGUUAUGAUCAGUAUGGUAACGCUCUCCCUCUUUUUGUCCCCCGCUCUCCCUCCCCUGCUCCCCCUCCCCGCUCUCUCCGUCUCGGCUCCCUGCUCUCCCUCCUCUCUCUCUCUCACUCCCCCUCCCUCCCCACUCUGUCAGAUGAAGGUACAGGACCGUAUAAGAGACUCAGACAUUGUCUCCAACCCUCUUUUGGUUGAAACGAUGAUCAUUAUGACAACUCUCUUUCUCUCAUCUCUGUCGCUCGAUCUGUGCUUCCCUCUCUUUCUCUCGCUGUCUUUCGAUCUCUCCCCCUCUCGCUGCCUCCCUUCCCCGCUCUGCCUCCCUCUUGCUCCCCUGUUCUCCUUCCUCUUCCCCUCCUCCCCUCUUCUCUCUCUAGAUGACGGUGCAGGUCCUGAUAAGAUAGCCCACAUCAUGGGCCCUCCAGACCGCUGUGAGCAUGCUGCCUCCAUCAUCAACGAGCUGCUGCAGAGCAUCAGAGUCAGGGAGGAAGGAGGACAGGGGGUACGUACACUACAGGCUUACCCAUGGCAGGUUGCAGGGGUUAAGGGGGUACAUACGUGUGGGGUGUGAAGGUAACUGGUACUAGAUGGCAGGGGUAUACACCAAGUUAAAUACAAGAUGGUGCAGGGAUAUGGACAGGUGAAUUUGGCUGUGUUUUCUGGGCUUGAGAAGGAGAGACGUCUUGAAGGCCUUAGCGCUCAAACGGCUACUUUAAAAGUCUCCACUAUUCCCCUUUAGUUUUUCCUUCAAUUUCCUUGACAUUUUGUAUUUAUUAAAACGUUUAUUUGACAGGGACAUCAACAUUUUCUGUAUACGUGCCAGAUUUAGCCAGCUGGCUAGUUUUCAACUGUAGUCCCUGGGCAGAUGGAUAAAAAUUCACACAGAUUUUGAAACCAACUUAAGGCGUCCGCAUUGCUUCCCAUCCGAAACCGUUCGGAACAGUUUGUGCAUCGACAUUUUGUGACUGGUUUUGGUCUUCGGCAAGUUUUUGGGAGGCUGUUGGUGCAGACACAUUUCUUGAGGCAAGCUGAAGUUCGGCAGCCGACGUCUAUGUCCCGUCAUUGGUAGGGAUCCUACAAUGACUUGUUUUCAUGCACAUUUUUUCACUUGCAAAAUACUGCACCAAACAUCUUAGAUGUAAAAUUGCUCGACUUAAGUUCUCCUCGGCAAACAUGUCAAAAUUAAUGACAGAUUUAUUGAGUUAGAUUAAUUCUGACUAUUUUGAGGAAGUGUAUACUGGCUAUGGCGUCUCAAGAUGGACAAACGGUACUAUUGCCACUUUUUCUCAUUUUUUCAAGCGGAGGUCUUUUAAGGGAGUAUGAGAGGACACUCGUUGGGUUCCGAAGCGAAGCAUGCUGAAGCCUUUACCUGUGUGUCUCCCUCUCUCCUCUCCAGGGUCCUCCAGGUCCUCCUGGUACGGGGGGGAUGCCUCAGGGUGGGCAUGGCAGGGGGAGGGGCCAGGGGAACUGGGGCGGUCCUCCAGGAGGUGAGGUCACCUUCUCUAUCCCCGCCCACAAAUGCGGCCUGGUGAUUGGUCGGGGCGGCGAGAACGUCAAGGCCAUCAACCAACAGACGGGGGCCUUUGUAGAGAUCUCGCGCCAGCCUCCGCCCAACGGGGACCCCAACUUCAAACUGUUCAUCAUCAGGGGGUCCCCUCAACAGAUAGACCAUGCCAAGCAGCUCAUAGAGGACAAGAUCGAGGUACGGGUGGGCGGACACGUACAUGUGAAAACACACCCAGUGUAUCAGUAAUAGUCAGACAUAAACUGUAAAUGGAAUUCAUCAUUUGUUAUUUUUCUCCCUGCCCCUCUAGGCUCCUCUGUGUCCUCUAGGGGGUGGGCCUGGUGGACCUGGUCCUGCUGGUCCUAUGGGCCCCUACAACCCCAACCCUUACAACCCAGGGCCUGGUGGUCCCGGAGGACCCCCACAGUAAGUACAACACCUACUGGACAUAAAGGGCCAGUUUCCCUGUCCCAGGCUGGUGCUAGAUUGCAUUGUGGGCCUCUGUAGCUCAGCUGGUAGAGCACGGUGCUUGUAACGCCAGGGUAGUGGGUUCGAUCCCUGGGACCACCCAUACGUAAAAAUGUAUGCACACAUGACUGUAAGUCGCUUUGGAUAAAAGCGUCUGCUAAAUGGCAUGAAUGAGGGCUCCAUUCUUAGUGCGGUGAGCAUCUCUGAUGCACCUGUGCUGUUGAAAGUGCAUUUAUGGCUCAACGAUUUUCGAUUUAUAACAGUUUGUCUGUCAUGUGAAGCAUUUCGCUACAUCUGCUAAACACGUGUAUGUGACAAAUACAUUUGAUUUGAUGUGUACAUUUGUAUGUUACUCAAAUUUCCUCCUACAUCCUCAGAAUAAAAUAGGGCCACAUGUAACUUAAAGCCAAUGGGUAUAAUGCAUUUUGGUGUGUUUAUGAUUCAUUGUAGGACUUAGAAAGGUAAGUGUCUAAUCGUUCUCCACUCUCUCCAGUGGCGGCCCCCCAGGUGGUCAUGGUUACGGAGCCCCUCAGGGCUGGGGCAACACCUUCCAGCAGUGGCAGGCCCCUGGAGGGCCACACGACCCCAGUGAGUAGACACUGCUUUAUAUGCGCUGGUCUGGAACUCUCCACCAGUCACUCCCCCCCCCCCCCCCUCCUCUCUGGUCACUCAAUUUCUCCCUGGCCUGUCGUCAACCCUCUCUCCUCCCUCUCAACCCUUUUUCAUUAUCCUCUCUCCUCGCUCAACCCUUUUUCAUUAUCCUCUCUCCUCCCUCAACCCUUUUUCAUUAUCCUCUCAACCCUUUUUCAUUAUCCUCCCUCUAAUGUUUUUCAUUAUCCUCUCUCCUCCCUCUCAACCCUUUUUCGUUAUCUGCUUUCUCUAAUCUCUUUCUUUCUUUCCCUCUCCUAACCCCUCUCCCUCCCCUAACCCCUCUCCCUCCCUAACCCCUCUCUCCCUAACCUCUCCCUCAACCCCUCUCCCUCUCCUAACCUCCCUCUCCUACCCUCUCCCUCCCCUAACCCCUCUCCCUCUCCUAACCCCUCUCCCUCUCCUACCUCUCCCUCUCCUAACCCCUCUCCCUCUCCUAACCCCUCUCCCUCUCCUAACCCCUCUCCCUUCCCUAACCCCUCUCCUCCCUCCUCCUCAACCCCUCUCCCUCCACCCUCUCCCCCCAACCCUCCUCCACUCCCUCUCCUCCCCUCCAGAUAACCUCCUCGCAACCCCAAUCCCUCGUGGGCAGCCUACUAUGCGCAGUACUACCAGCAGCAGCCAGGGGGAGCCAUGCCUGGCCAGGCCCCCAACGCCCCAGCAGCCGCCCCAGUCCAGGCAGACCCCUCUCAGGCAACCCAAACCCCUGGAGGACAGCCAGACUACACCAAGGCCUGGGAGGAGUAUUACAAGAAGAUGGGCAUGGGUAAGCUCCAUCGCCAUGGUUAUGAUCAUCGCCUUGGUUAUAGUGACUUUACAAUAACACGUCCUAUAGUACAAUGCAAUAAUCAAUAACAAUAUAUUACUACAAAGAAAAAAACACGAAAUAAGAAUAGGAAAUAAUAGCAGAUACAUUUAAUACAAAUAAACGACUAAAUGAUCACAAAAUAGCAAAGUUGGGUCGGAGCUUGCAAAUUGGUGGCUAUCCAUUGCGGGGACAUCUUGAUCCAUAAGACAUCCUAUAGUAUUUUCUAGUCUCCAGACACUUCAGGAGAUCUUGUGUGAGUUAUUAGAAAAGGACUAAAAGGCCUUCCCACUGUAUAUGAUCCUUAUACAUGCCACCUUUUAAUGGCAACGUUUCAUCCAGAAGAUCUCCGUCGGAUGUAUUUCUAUACAGCAGAUUUGUGUUCAACAAAUACUAAGUCCUUGAUCUUAAAAUGUGGUCCACUAACCUUCCCCCUCUUUACCUGUCCCCUCCGUCUCUCUCCUCAGCCCAGCCAGGUGGAGGGGCUGCAGCGGCGCCGGCUGCAGCUGUAGCUGUGGGAGGAGCCGGUGGUCAGCAGGACUACAGUGCAGCCUGGGCUGAGUACUACAGGCAGCAGGCAGCCUUCUACGGCCCUGGAGGGGCUCCGGGACAGGCUGCCACCCCUCAGCAAGGACAACAGGUAACACACACACCCCUCAGCCAGGACAACAGGUUAACCACCACACACAACAACCCCUCAGCCAGGACAACAGGUAACAACCACACACACCCCUCAGCCAGGACAACAGGUAACACACACACACACACCCCUCAGCCAGGACAACAGGUAACACACACACACCCCUCAGCCAGGACAACAGGUACACACACACCCCCUCAGCCAGGACAACAGGUAACACACACACCCCUCAGCCAGGACAACAGGUAACACACACACCCCUCAGCCAGGACAACAGGUAACACACACACCCUCAGCCAGGACAACAGGUAACACACACACCCCUCAGCCAGGACAACAGGUAACACACACACCCCUCAGCCAGGACAAGUAACACACACCCCUCAGCCAGGACAACAGGUAACACACACACCCCCUCAGCCAGGACAACAGGUAACACACACACACACCCCUCAGCCAGGACAACAGGUAACACACACACACCCCUCAGCCAGGACAACAGGUAACACACACACCACACCCCUCAGCCAGGACAACAGGUAACACACACACACCCCUCAGCCAGGACAACAGGUAACACACACACCCCUCAGCCAGGACAACAGGUAAUACAUAUUUCAUAGAAAUCUGAAAACUGGACAGUUCCUUUAACUGCUCUUCCCCCUCUUUCUACUCCCUCUUCCCCCUCUCUCUACUCCCUCAUUUUCUCCAUCCCAGGCCCAGUGAACCAGAUCCAGCCAGUCUCCAGCUAGUCAGAUGCAUGGACCGGGAGGACUGUCUCUUCACUGCAGCAGCAGACCCAUCCCAUCCAGCUCUCUGGACUUUUUAAAUGUUUUCUUCUGGGUUUGAGUCGUAAUUCAAUUAUUUUUUUCUGGUUUUGACAGAAGCAAAACCUUACCUCCCUCCCUCAAAUACACUCCCAGUACCCCUCCCUCUUAUCCCAGUACCCCUUCUCCCCUAAAAAAUACCCCUAGU